UCCUUCCCCCGCUCCCUGGAGCCGGGGGAUGAGUUUGCUGAUCCGCGCCGGGAGGGUCCCGGUGUGUCUCCGCCGGGCCAGGCUGCGGCGGGAGGUGGACGGGGUGCGGCGGCUCCUCGGACUCCAGCGCUUUGACCUCGGGCUCGUUUGUGCGGACAACAAGCGGAUUCAGGCCCUGAACCUGCGCUAUCGGGGCCACGGGGCCCCCACAGAUAUCCUGGCCUUUCCCUUCUACCCGGAGCUCAGAGCCGGUGAGAUGCCACAGCCCCAACAUCCAGAUGAGUGGAAUCUGGGGGACAUCUUCCUGGGAGUGGAAUACAUCCACAGACAGAGCCAGGAGGAUGGUUUGGACUUACACAACCUCCUGACAGUGACUGUGGUGCACGGAAUUUGCCACCUCCUGGGCUACAGACAUGACUCACUGGCCGAACACGAGCAGAUGUACAGGCGGGAGCAGCACAUCCUCCAGAUGUUGAACAGGCAGACCGGUGCUCAUCUACAGCCACUGAUGAGGAAGAUGGGCUGAGCAGGGACCCCGGGGUUGGGAAGUGAAUGGAGCUGUGGAAUGGGCUCAGACUGUGAGGAGCCUGGGCCAAGAGAGAAGCUAAAUCACUGCUCACUUCGGCAGGGUCGGGGGGCCUAACACCAGAUUAAUAAAGACGUAACUCACAUG